UAUAACUCUUUUGAGUUUUGUUUUCUCAUGGCCUCAAUUGUUUGCUUCAUAGUCCAGGAUGAAGUCAGUCCAUUUGUGCUUUCUUUUCUGCUGCUGGAAAGCAAUGUGCUGCAAUAGCUGUGAGCUGACCAACAUCACCAUCACAGUGGAGAAAGAGGAAUGUCACUUCUGCCUCAGUAUCAACACCACUUGGUGUGCAGGCUACUGCUACACCCGGGAUCUGGUGUACAAGGACCCAACCAGGCGCAAUGCCCAGAAAGUAUGCACCUUCAAGGAGCUGCUAUAUGAGACAGUGAGAGUGCCUGGCUGUGCUCACCAUGCAGACUCUGUGUAUAUGUACCCAGUAGCCACUGAAUGUCACUGUGGCAAGUGUAACAGAGACAGCACCGACUGCACCGUGCAAGGCCUAGGACCCAGCUACUGCUCCUUCAGUGAAAUAAAAGAAUAAGGAGCAAUGGACAUUUUAGGCUGCCUACCCUUGUCCUGAAGGACCAAGAUAUCCGAAAAGUCCACGUGUGUACAACAUGCAAAGGCUGCAAGCCACUGUGGCCUAGGGGAGCAUCCGACCCCACUGAUCCCGGCCUCUCCAGAGCUUGAGAGUGAAAGAAUUGAGGGUGGUGGAUCCUGGCUCCACUCCACCCUGUAUCAUAGGUUGGGUUCCUUAAGUUUUACUUAGUCUUACUUAACAUAUAGACACAAGGAUACCUUCUGUUUAUUAAUCUUAGAAACCCUCUUGGUCAACCAUUUCCCCUUCAGAUCAGGAUACCUACUCCCAGAGGGAGGAAAUGAGAUGGGAGUGGGUGAAAAUACUAGAUGCUGCAUUCUUCUGAUGGGCUCUUGGGCCCUCAAAAUCAGGGCCAGCAUCUUCUUCAUCAUUGUAGCCUUGGCGUCUAACACCAUGCCUGGAAUUUAGUGAGAAACUCAACAAUGGCUUCCUUAAGGAAAGUAAGAACAGAAAGGUAGGGGGUAGGAAAACACUGAAAAAGGAUGGCUGAUGAGGCAGCCCCAACAAUGCCUGUCAGUCCAUGGGAAUGAGGGCAUCAGUUCCACCUCAUCUCUCCUCCUCUGGCAAACGGGACAGGUUGCACCUCUGAAUUGCUCAGUACAGGUGGGAAUUAAGAUUUCCAAGCUAUUACUUCCAAGCCCUUUAGAUAAGGGCAAACUCAAGAAAUGUUAAUAUGGGCCUACGAAAAUUAGUCCACAUUUAUUCCAACAUUUAAAUAAAUUGAACAAAUUCUGCCACGCUCCUGCAAAACUCCCUUUAAAAAGUAAAAUGCAUUACCCUGUCCUCUGGACUGGAUUUGCUCCUUGAAAUAGAAGAGGAUUUGAAAGUAGGUUUUAAAGCAAUUUCAGCAGCUUAUUAAGUGCAUUUAUCUUAUCUACAAAUGCAUUUGUGUAAAUAAAUAGCUCUUUUAGAAAGAAUUAGCCAUGAAGAAAAAGAAAACUUGUUUUCUAGAAUCCUCUCUACAUCACUCUUCUCUUUUGUUUGUUCACAUUCUCUGAAAUCUAUGAUUUCUUACAAGAAGGUACAUAAUGAAACUAUUUUAUGAGUUGAUUUUUUUUAAAUGAUACCUCUCUAAGUUAUGUACUUGUUUCACACUUAAAAUGUUUUAACUACUGUAACUUAUUCAAUCCUACUUUAUUUUUUUAAAUAAAGAUGCUAGGCAUUAGAGUCAUAAAUUUGAAUUUUUUCACAAACAGCUAACAUAUGUGCAUGUUUAUAACAAUAGCAGAAAAAUUCUUAACUUAUAAUUCCUAGUGCUCCUGUAAAUAUUUUA